UUUUUACCCCUAUAUACUGAAAAUACUGAACGCAAGUGUAUUAUACGAACGAUUUACACAUAAAAGACAUCCUCGUCUCUUGCUAAAAAGCCGGGUCGAGCUUUUGGCCUCUUCGUCUAAUAGUUGAGGCUGGCAUCUGCUAAUUCCGUUUCCGGCUAUGAAGUAAAGACGCCGGAUGAUACCGGUGCACCCGGCUGCUACUGCUUUGGGUAUCUGGUUAAAGUAGAAAGAAACGCCAGGUCAUCUACGAUGUAACGCUAUCGUUGAUUAAGUAAUACUGCGAUCUUAACUUGCUGAUUCGUUUGUUAUGGCGUCGCGGUUGCGGCCCGCAUUGGCUGCGGCCCGUUAUUCUUCCCCACCCCCGGCACUAUGUGAUGUGAACCACAACAAAGCAUCAUGACAGUUUUCAAUACAGUUUGCACUAGGCGGCGCUGCUCGAAACACCAAGGUCCACACUUAAUGAUAUUCUGUCUAGCAGACUUCAUAAUGAGUUAUGCGGAAAAGCCGAAGGAAGUCACGCAAGAAGAAUGGAUGGAGCAACUCCAUAACGUACAAAUACAGAGAGCUGACAUGAACCGGCUAAUCAUGAAUUACUUGAUUACAGAAGGGUUCAAGGAAGCUGCGGAGAAGUUCAGGAUGGAGUCGGGAAUCGUACCCAGCGUGGACCUGGACUCGCUGGAUGAGAGAAUAAAGAUCCGAGAAAUGAUUCUGAACGGGCAGAUUCGGGAGGCUGUUGCAGUGAUUAAUGGCCUUCACCCGGAGCUCCUAGACAGUAAUCGCUAUCUGUACUUUCACCUGCAGCAGCAGCACCUCAUCGAGCUGAUCCGGCUGCGUGAGACAGAGUCUGCGCUAGAGUUUGCGCAGUUGCAGCUGGCAGAGCAGGGCGAGGAGAGCCGCGAGUGCCUGACGGAGAUGGAGCACACCCUGGCCCUACUGGCUUUCGAUGACCCGCAGAACUCACCCUUCGGGGACCUGCUCAACACGAUUCGGCGGCAGAAGGUCUGGAGUGAGGUAAACCAGGCCGUGCUGGAUUACGAAAACAAGGAGUCGACACCCAGACUGGUCAAGCUGCUCAAACUGUUACUGUGGGCUCAGAAUGAGCUGGACCAGAAGAAGAUCAAGUAUCCCAAGAUGACCGAUCUGAGCAAGGGGACAAGAGAGGAACCGAAAUGAGUGUUGGGGCAGAGCAUGCAGCUGCUCUGUGGGAUGCCGAGGACUAUGGAGAUGUUGCUUGCUAUUUACAUCAGUCAGUGACUGAGCUGUGUAUAUAAUUUAUGUUUUGUACAUGUGAACGUUUGAUGGUUGAAUCCUUAAACUCUACACCAACCCAAAGUCCCAAUGUUUAUAUUGUUCAACAAAAUGUUCAACACGAUACCCUCAAAAACUAUGUGCCUUGUUACUUUAAGCGCCUCUUUGUUAGGAAUAACUUGGUUACAGUUUUAGAAUCACAUGGUAUUACACAGGAAGGGCCUUUUCAUACAUAUGAGUAUUUUAUAUCCAAGUUUGGACUGUAUUAGCAUUUAGCUUUUGGCUGCUGAUAAGUGUGGCUUGUUACCUAUGAAAAGCUGAUUUCUUUGGACACAGCCAUGGCUGCAGGAGCAGGAUUAUUACUUGUUUACAGGAAUCUUUCACACAAUUUCUGAUCAACAGAGGCAUGUUCUGUUGUUUUUUCCUGAUGAGGUGCAUUCAAUACCUUUUAAAGUUCUUCUAACUGCCCAAUAAUGUGAUGGAAGUAAAUAUAAAAUAUGUUCGUUUUUUUUGUUGGGUACUGUUAUUAAAUAAAUCAUUCUUUUGGAAAAAA